CGGCCCGGACGGUUCGGCGGCAGACUUGGGCCAUGGCCGGCGUGGGGGCAGAGCCCGGGGCCGAGCUGCGGGCCUUGGCGCCGGGGUUCGCCCACGGCUACGGCCAGUGCAGCCUGCACGAGCUGCGGGCGCGCGAGUUCCACCGUCUGGCAGGAACUGUCUACCUCGACCAUGCGGGAGCCACCCUGUUUGCCCAGAGCCAGCUCACAAACUUCACUAAGGAUCUCACAGACAAUGUUUAUGGUAAUCCGCACAGUCAGAACACCAGCAGCAAGCUCACCCAUGACACUGUGGAGCAGGUGCGCUACAGGAUCCUGGCUCACUUCCACGCCAGCCCUGAGGACUACAGCGUGAUUUUCACCGCCGGCUGCACUGCGGCGCUCAAGCUGGUGGCAGAGGCCUUCCCCUGGGUGUCCCGGGGCCCAGAGAGCAGCGGCAGCCACUUCUGCUACCUCACGGACAGCCACACCUCCGUGGUGGGCAUGAGGAAGGCGAUCAUGGCCAUGGACGUCACGUUCACCCCGGUCAGGCCUGAAGACUUGCGCUUGGCAGAAAAACGGGGCGCUGCGGCCUGUGACCCCACCUGCCAGCUCCCACAUCUCUUCUGCUACCCGGCUCAGAGUAACUUUUCCGGAACUCGCUAUCCCCUGUCCUGGAUAGCAGAGGUCAAGGCUGGGCGCCGGAGCCCUGUGAGCACACCCGGGAAGUGGUUCGUCCUGCUGGAUGCGGCCUCCUACGUGAGCACGUCACCCCUGGACCUGUCGGCUCAUCAGGCCGACUUGGUCCCCAUCUCCUUCUACAAGAUCUUCGGGUUCCCCACGGGCCUGGGCGCCCUGCUGGUCCAUAAGCGCGUGGCCCCCUUGCUGAGGAAAACCUACUUUGGAGGAGGCACGGCCGCUGCCUACCUUGCGGGCGAAGACUUCUACGUCCCCAGAUCGUCAGUGGCAGAAAGACCACAGAACACACGGGGACUGUGCUGGCCACAGCGUGACCUUGCUCCCCUCCCCCCUCGUGGUCGCAGGUUUGAAGACGGCACCAUCUCCUUUCUUGACGUGAUUGCCGUAAAACAUGGCUUCGACACCCUGGAGCGCCUCACAGGCGGCAUGGAGAACAUACAGCAGCACACCUUCUCGCUGGCCCGGUACACGUACGCUGCCCUGUCCUCUCUCCGGUACCCCAACGGGGCCCCUGUGGUGCGGAUUUACAGCGAUACGGAAUUCAGCAGCCCUGAGGUUCAGGGUCCAAUCCUCAACUUCAACGUGCUGGAUGACAACGGGAACGUCAUUGGUUACUCCCAGGUGGACAAAAUGGCCUGUCUGCAUAACAUCCACCUGCGCACCGGCUGCUUCUGCAACACGGGCGCCUGCCAGAGGCACCUGCAGAUCAGCAACGAGAUGGUCAAGAAGCAUCACCAGGCUGGUCAUGUCUGUGGAGACAACGUGGACCUCAUAGACGGGCAGCCGACAGGCUCCGUGAGGAUUUCCUUCGGGUACAUGUCCACCCUGGAGGACGCCCAGGCCUUUCUCACGUUCAUCCGAGCCACCUGGCUGCACCCCGCGGCCGGCCACACCACCCCUCCUGCUGCGGUUGCCUUGGGAAGGGGCACGGCCCAGGACAGGGCUGCUGGCCAGGACACGGGCAGCCCCUCCCCUCGGGAAGGCGCUCUCCCCGCCCCUGCCCCUGCCGCUGUGGGCCUGUGCCCAGCUUCGUGUGAGGCUGUGAGAGCCCAGCCGAUGUCUUCAGGAGCUGCCCCCGUCCUGGAUGGAGACCUUGGGACUCACGUUGUCACCAACAUUUACCUCUACCCCAUCAAAUCCUGUGCUGCGUUUGAGGUGAGCAGCUGGCCUGUAGGAAAGCAAGGACUGUUGUACGACCGGAGCUGGAUGGUUGUCAAUCACAAUGGCAUCUGCCUGAGUCAGAAGCAGGAGCCACGGCUCUGCCUGAUCCGGCCCUUCAUCCACCUGCAGCACAGGGUCAUGGUCAUCGAAGCCGAAGGGAUGGAGCCUAUCGAGGUGCCUCUUGAGGAAAACAGUGAACAGGCUCAGAUUUGCCAAAGCAAGGUCUGUGCCGACAGGGUAAAUACGUACGAUUGUGGAGAGAACAUCUCAAACUGGUUGUCGAGGUUCUUUGGCCGUCCAUGUCAUCUAAUCAAACAAAGUUCAAGCUUCCAGCGGAAUGCAAAGAAGAAACAUGGACAAGAUCAAUUUCCUACCACAACAGCCACCCUUUCUCUGGUGAAUGAGGCGCAGUACCUGCUGGUAAAUCGCUCAAGUGUGUGGGAACUUCAGCAACAGCUAAGCACGAGCGAUGAGAAGGGAAGGCAGGAAUCAUUCCCAAUCCAAGACCUCAUCUCGCGCUUCCGUGCCAAUAUCGUUACCAGUGGCACGAGGGCUUUUGAAGAAGAGAAAUGGGAUGGAAUCUCAGUUGGCUCCUUGCAUUUCCAGGUUGUGGGGCCGUGUCACAGGUGCCAGAUGAUUUGCAUCGACCAGAAAACUGGGCAGCGGAACCAAGACGUUUUCCAAAAACUUUCUGAGAGUCGCAAGAGAAAGGUGAACUUCGGCGUGUACCUGAUGCACACCUCUCUGGAUUCAUCUUCUCCAUGCUUCCUGUCUGUGGGAUCUCAGGUGCUCCCCGUGCUGAAAGAGAACGUGCAACACCAUGAUUUGCCUGCAUCCGAGAAACCUCAGGAUGUUAGCUCCUAAUUUUCCACCCAGCACUCAUUAAAGUUUCUCUGUUCUAAUGAU